GCCUUUGGUUGGAGAAGAAGCAAGAGGUCAUGCGAGUAAACAGCUCGGGCAAGAGGUUUAACUAUAUGUUCCCUUUGCACCCGUGCAGCCAAGGAGUAAUAAGUCGGCUUGGGGUGGGUCUCCUCAGCCCCCUUCUCUGGAAAUGUCAAGCACCGACAGGGGAGACGACAUUAGUAGCCAGGGAGGAUGCGGGUAAGAGAGAGGUGAAA